CACCCCAAGCUGAUUAACUUGAAACACUUGUUUGAACAUCUGUGACCUGAUGGCAAUGCCUGCCAGUCGAUGUUUAGCUCAGAUUCUCCGACCUACCUCCAUCACUGGUGAUGGUGUUACCCCUCGGCAAGUCAGCACUGCCAGGCCUCUCUAUCCUCCUGAAAUUUUUAAGCCAAGAAAAAUAGCCGUCAGUGCUACUGCUCUCCAAAAGCUCAAGUGGGCCUGUAGUCUCAGCCUCGGGGAACAAAGCACCCCUGAACCAACGGUGGACGGGGAACGGUUGGUGGAUUUGUUGUGCGAUAAUCUCCAACAUAUGUUUGAUGAUCAGGGGAUUGAUUCGACAGUGUACGAUGAGCAAAUAAUGUUCAGGGAUCCCAUCACUAAAUAUGAUACACUUACCGGAUAUCUCUUUAACAUUCAUCUCCUGAAGGUCCUCUUUAGGCCACAGUAUCAUUCGCACUGGGUCAAACAGACAGGACCUUAUGAAAUUACCACGAGAUGGACUGUGAUAAUGAAGUUCAUCCUUCUGCCAUGGAAACCAGAGCUUGUCCUCACUGGAACCUCCGUAAUGGGUGUAAACCCAAAGAAUGGGAAGUUUUGCAGCCAUGUGGACUAUUGGGACUCUAUAGAGAAAAAUGAUUAUUUUUCACUUGAAGGUUUGGUGAAUGUAAUUAAGCAGUUGCGAAUUAAUAAGACUCCUGACUUGGAGACUCCCAAAUACCUGAUACUGAAAAGGACUGCAAAUUAUGAGGUGAGAAAAUAUGCAGGAUUCACGGUGGUAGAAACAAAUGGAGACAAGCUCCCUGGGUCGACUAGCUUUAAUGAUGUUGCUGGGUAUGUCUUCGGGAAAAAUUCUACAAUGGAGAAAAUACCAAUGACUGCGCCUGUCCUCACUCAGGCUUACAAUGCUGAGUUGUCAGAUGUGUCCAUCCAAAUUGUUCUUCCAUCAGAUAAAGAUAUCAGUAGCUUGCCCAAUCCUAGUCUAGAGAAAGUUAUCUUGAGGGAAGUUGAGGGAGGUAUUGCUGCAGCAUUGAAAUUCAGUGGAAAACCGGCAGAGGACAUUGUUAGGGUGAAAGAGAGAGAAUUGCGCUCUAGUCUUCUUAGAGAUGGUCUUAAACCUAAGAAGGCCUGCUUGCUAGCUUGCUACAAUGAUCCUGGUCGGAAAUGGAGCUUUACAGUGAGAAAUGAAGUUCUAAUUUGGCUUGAGGAGUUCACCCUGGAUUAGCAUCUCAAACAAAUCCAUUAUUUUACAAGCAUUGAAUGUGGAUCGUUUCUUAUUAGGGAAAUGGUAUAGGCAUACCUGUUGGAACUGUUCUAGAUAAGCAUGCCAUCAAAGUUCCUAUGUUGCUGUCUGGUUAAGUCUAUUUAUUUGUUAUUUGAAUUUAAUUUAGUUUGUUUGCAAUUUGAAUUAGUUUGUUGCAGUUUGUCUAAGUGUUUUUAAAUUUAUAACAGUUUGUUUAAGUUUGUUUGUAUUGGAUAACUGUUGAGAUACUUUUGUAACUACCCUUAUCUGUGUAUUUAAGUAUUUUUCAUAAUGAAAAUUGUUGUUGCUU